AAUUCCGUAUUCUGUAUAUAUAAAACCAUAAGCAGCUGCAUGACCGACUAGAACUCAAACUCCCACUAGCCAUUGCGAACUGUCUACAGUAGGAACCAUCUGCUGUCUGCUCCAUAAACACAAGACAUAGAGCUGACUGCAGCUAAAUCAAACUUAUUAAAAUUUUUGUUAGACUUUGAACCUGAUGUUUCCCGCCCAUCUCCGGACUGCCUCAGGUCUGAUGCUAAAUUUAGGACACGAGCUGCACAGCAACACCUCUCUGGAUCUGCUGACAGGGUAGUCUCACUUCCUUUCUUUAACGGGACAAGUCUUCCUCAGUCAUCCCACUGCAGACACAGACACACAGCUCUCGGGACCCCGUAAAUCAUGCGCUGAAGACCAGUUUGUUGUGCGCUGAGUGUGACAGUUACAGCAAUGAGGACUGGAGAGAAGAUUUUGGACAGAGCUGCAGCUACCUGCAUCCUAACGUUGUGUUUUGUCUGUUUACACGUGACCGCCCUCAAAUCGCAACUUUUUACCAGGCUGGGUGGGCUGCCUUACUCCACUGAGCCUCCAGUCAGUUAUAAAACAUUUUACUUUGACCAGAAGAUUGACCAUUUUGGAUUCCUUGAGGAUGGCACCUUCAAACAGAGAUACCUUCUGUCUGACAAAUACUGGCAGCAGCCUGGGGGACCUAUUUUGUUCUAUACUGGAAAUGAAGGCGACAUAACCUGGUUCUGCAACAACACUGGCUUCAUGUGGGAAAUUGCGGAGGAGUUAGAUGCCAUGCUGGUUUUUGCAGAACAUCGUUACUAUGGAGAGUCCCUGCCAUUUGGACAAGACUCUUACCGUGACAGCAAACAUCUCAACUACCUGACCUCAGAGCAAGCCCUAGCAGAUUUUGCAGUACUGAUUCAGAACCUAAAGGGUACUCUACCUGGUGCUCAGCACAGCCCCGUCAUCGCUGUUGGAGGAUCCUAUGGAGGAAUGCUGUCUGCCUGGUUCAGGAUGAAAUACCCCCAUGUAGUUGUUGGAGCGCUGGCAUCCUCUGCACCAAUAUGGCAGUUCCCUGGUAUGGUGCCAUGUGGAGACUUUUACAAAACAGUAACACAAGACUUUGCCAAAAGUGGCAUUAACUGCGAUGCAAACAUCAGAAAGUCGUGGAAGGCUGUAAAUAAUGUUUCUUCCUCAGCAUCUGGUCUUCAGUGGCUGUCAGAAGAAUUCAGUUUGUGUGCCCCUCUUAAAAACAAAAAUGAUGUCCUCACCUUCAAGAGUUGGCUUCAAGAGACCUGGGUGAAUCUGGCAAUGGUGGACUACCCGUAUGAAGCUAAUUUCCUCCAGCCGCUGCCUCGCUGGCCCAUCCAGGUGGUGUGCAAGUACCUCAGCUUCGAUUCUACUGUGUCAGACUACCAGCUGCUGCAAGGUGUCGCCCAAGCAGCAAAGGUUUACUAUAACUACACCGGAAGCUCUCCCUGUCUAAACACAUCACAGACAGCAACCAGCAGCCUUGGCUACCUCGGCUGGUUUUACCAGGCCUGCACGGAGAUGGUGAUGCCCAUGUGCACAGAUGGCGUGCAGGACAUGUUUGAACCGGAGGAGUGGAACUUCCAGGCCUUCUCUGAUGAGUGCAAAGCCAUGUUUGGUAUCAGGCCACGGGCUGACUGGGCAGGCACUGUCUACGGGGGGAAAGAGAUCUCCUCUCACAGCAACAUCAUCUUCAGUAAUGGAGGACUCGAUCCAUGGUCAUCUGGUGGAGUGACUUCCAACAUCUCACAUUCUCUGGUUUCCAUUAUGAUUCCCGAUGGAGCCCACCACUUAGACCUCCGCUACAGCAAUGACCUUGAUCCACCUUCAGUUCGUGCUGCCCGGGACUUAGAGGUGAAGUAUUUUCGGGAGUGGAUCAAGAAGGCUAAAAAGGCACAUAGAGCUGCACCAACCGGCUAGUCUCCAAAAGCAGCACAGUUCUACCCAACGAGGAUAUUCAUGAUGUCCAAGAUUUAGCUUUAAAUUGUGUGACACGUUUUUGUUUGUUUUGGGGUUUUUUCUCGGUGCUUUAUCUAUCACGAUGCCAAAGUUUGUUUUUUCUCUGACCAAUUUAGAAACACUCCGCUUCUUUGGGUCAAACUCUGAAGGGCCUGAUGACAAAAUGUACUGAUGUUGCUGCAAAAACAAUAGACCUGUUUGUCAUGUACAAACUGUUGAAAAUAAAGCUGCAGGGUAAAUA